UAUUAAAGUUGCCUAAUUAUUUUUUGACAGUUUGGUUAGCCUACGGGGGUAGCCACUAUAUGUUCACUACAUAGCCCAUGGUGCAUUGCGGCUGCUUUACGUUACAUUUGGCGACUUUGACGUGAGGCACUACGGUUUACUACCCGGUUUCUAGCUAGCUCCGUGCUAGUGGAGCUGAAAUGUUCAAUAAAAAGCCCCGGAGGAACUUUCGACGGAGAAAGGAGAACUCCAGCGACGAGGAGGACGAGCAGAAGAACAGCGGAGAUGGAGAGGGAAACGAGAAAGCUCCAGCUGUGGUAAACAAACCGUCCAAACUGACCCAGGGCCGCGGCAUCUCUUGCAACUCCAAGCGGGAAGCGACGCCUCCCAAGCCGGACAGCAGUGAAGGAGAGGACGGGGAGACGUUGGAAGCGAGUGAAGAAACAGAAGAGAGGGAGAAAGAUCGGAUUAAGAAGAAAACAAACUCCAUCCUCAGUUUCUCUGACGACAAAGAAGCUGAGGAGCCAACAUUUAAACUGAAGAAAUCCUCCGAUAAAGCAGUGCUGUUCCAAGUAAAGAGGAAGGAGGCUUCACCUGCCAAGACCACCCACAGCACAGCGCCAGCACCAUCUUGUUCUUCCCAGCAAGAUUAUGACAGUCACGCUUCACCACAUGCUCUGCUCCACAAUGAUGACGAUGACGAUGAUGGCGAGGAUGAUGACAAUGACAGUGAUAAAGGUGGUGCUUUUUCACCCUCAGCUAGCUCAACAUCAGACUCUAGCCGCUCUGUUACUAAACCAGUAGUUAUCCCUAAUGCUGAAGAGAUCAAGGCAGCCAGGAGGCAGCGUCGCACUAACCGAGCCCAGAAAGAGUUCAUUUCCCUUGGUAGAGAUGGCCACAGCUCCGCUGGUAGCACCCCGGAUCACUAUAGCAGGGACAGCGAAGACGACAGAGCUGAGGAUGAUGAUGAUGAGCCAGAUGAUCAUGAGAGAAGAAUCGAGUUCGCCCCACGAUUGAAGAGCAUCAGGGAGAGGAUUGCUGAGAAAUUUGGAGAAAGUGAUGGCAGUCUCUCAGGGACUGAUGAGCAGGAACUUUGGGAGGAGACCCAAAUUGGGAAAGGAAUCAAGAGACGGCCAAGAGAACAGAGCCCAUCUGGCAGUGAAUGCAGCAGCUACAGCAGCAGCAGCAGCAACAGGAGAGACCGGCAAAGACAAAAGAGAUCAACAGGGGUUAAAAUCCCAAAGAAUCUUCCUCACAUCAGUGUCUCAAUGGUCAAGAAGAGGAUCACUGGACUACUAGACUCCCUGAAGGAGGUGCACAGAGCACGGCAGGCAGAGCUGAGGAGGAUGGAGGCCGACGUUGAGAGCGCUAAAAUCUCUGUGGAGACUCUGGAGGAAAGUUCCUCAGAGAAGCAGUUGAGGUUUUACAGGGCCAUGACCCUGUAUGUCCACAACCUGGUGGAGUGUCUACGGGAGAAGGUUGUUGAGAUCAACUCACUGGAACUGGAGUUGCAUGCUCUGCUAUCUGACCAGACGGAAGUGCUGUUGGCGCAGAGACGACAGAGGAUCAAGGAGCAGGCUGGCCGCCUGCAGCAGCUCAGCUAUGCAGAAAGUGAAAACUCAAGCAAUGGAACAGAAACUCAAGGCGAGGUAGACACUGGUGUUAAAGCUGAGGAAGAUUUUGAUAUACCUGAAGACACACAGCUUUCAACAGAAGAAGAGGAGCAGCUGCAGAAGAAGAAAGCUGAUAUCCUGUUGAGAUCCCAGGCAGUGUUUUCGGAUGUCCAGGAUGAGUUCUGCGAUGUUAAGAAAGUUCUGUCCCGCUUUGAAGAAUGGAGAGGAUCUUACUCCGACUCUUACCACAGUGCCUACAUCUCUCUAUGUCUGCCCAAGUUGUUGAACCCCAUCAUAAGACUUCAGCUACUGGCGUGGAACCCACUAAAGGAUGAUAGCGGGGACUUUGAAAACCUCCCAUGGUUUACGGCAGUGGAGACUUUUUGUCAUGGUCAUGGCCAUGAAGAGCUGGAGCACACAGACAGACAGACAUUGUCUAAUGUCAUAGAAAAGACGGUCCUACCCAAAAUAACAGCCUAUGUGGAGCUGGUGUGGGAUCCCAUGUCCCGCCAUCAGUCAGUCUGUCUGUCUGACGUUUGUCACAGACUGAAGGAGGACUUUUCCAUCUUUGAAGGGGAGCAGACUAAACCGGUCAAGGCAUUCUUGGAGGCCGUGAUUGGCCGACUGAGGAGCUGUGUAGAUGAAGAUGUCUUCAUCCCUCUGUACCCCAAAAAAUUUCUAGAAGAGAGGUCAUCACCUCAUUGUCGCUUCAGGGAUCAACAGUUCUGGACGGCCAUAAAACUACUAGGUAACAUGGGAAAAUGGGAUUUGCUGCUUCCUGAGUCUGCAUUAAAAGAACUGAUGUUGGACAAACUGCUGAACAGAUACCUGAUGAUCACCCUGUGCAGUCAGACACUGUGUAACGAUGCUGUCCACGCUUGCAGAAAGAUAGCAGAUAGUCUGCCGCUCUCUUGGCUCAAAGGAGAGAAUGCCUGUUUGCCUCAGCUCCAGAAUUUUAGAAACCACCUAGUUCAGAAAGUUCAUACCAUCUGCAAAAAGCAGCCUCCGGAGGAUCCAAACACCAGGUCUGCUGUGGUUGAAGUGCUGCAGAUCUUGAGUCGAAUCAGGUGCAAUGACUCCAUUAUGGCUAUAGCAGAGAAAUACCAUUAUGAAGAUGCCAUCUACUCUCACCAGCUGCUGAACCAAGAGACCGUAUAAACAACAAACAUUGUGGAACGGAAUGUAGAUCAAAUAGCAAACAUAAUACACUGUGAUUGUCAAAGACAUGAUAGCAGGAGAGGGACAGAGUGGGCUUUGCCUUGUGUAAAGGUUGCUGUACCAGAUGUCAUAGGGCCAUGAGGUGUUCUCAUGGUCUGACUGCAGACCUACCUUUUUGGCCAAAAUACAGAAUGAAAACAAUGAAUACAUAUAUAUUAGUGCAAGUGAGGUGGCACUGAAGUAUGUAGCAACAACUUGUGCAAAUUACAUGAUUAACCCCAAAGGGGAAAAUAAUUCACCUUCCUGCAAUUUAUUGUCAUGAACAAUGUGCUGUCUGUGUUGUACAGGAGAUAACUGUAUUUUUAUGAAUAAAUAUUUGAAUUUUGUUAAUAAA